AUGAACGCGUUAAUGGACAAUUCUAAUUACAGGAACGAAGCUAACAGCUGUGGUAUUUUAAGUGCCACUUCGACCUCUGAAGAUGAUCAGCUGAGUUUAUGUUGUCUAUGUGGUCAGACGUUUCCGAAUAUCAAGUCCCUUCAUAUUCACAUUAAUGUUGUGCACAAAGAAGUGGCGGACUCUUUCGAUUUUCACUUAACAGGUGGCGAAAACGACGACUCUUCUUCAGUCACUUUAGAAUCACGGAUCUCUCCGUUGUCUGGUAGUAAAGAAUUUGUUUCCAAACCUGCAACUUCAGUUGUUUGUCCAAAUUGUAAAAAGCUGUUUUCUGGUCUCACAAGUCUGCGAGUUCAUAUAGAUUCUGUACAUCAUGGUAAUCGAACUCCUCAAUGUGAUUAUUGCAUGAAAAAGUUCUCUACCUUAUCCUACCUUCGAAUGCAUGUUGCUACUGUUCAUGAAGGUGUUCGUGCUUAUUCCUGUAAUAUCUGCGGAAAGAGCUACACUCAAAAGCAUUCUUUGAAAAAACAUCUCAGAAAUUCUCAUUCAGUUUCAUUUAAUCAAGGUAUACUAGAUGAUACAACAUCAGCUGGUGAGGUACAACAGUAUACAUCCAACCAGUCUAUGUGUUCUAAUGAAAUGCGUGCUUUUAAAUCACGUAAAAAGUUACUUGUUGAUUCUCCAAUUAUGCCUAACUCCUCUAGUCCUAGUCCAUCCAGAUCAAAUGAAGUGGAGGGUCCUGUUUCAUUGGAAACUAAAAAUCACUAG